AACAUGGCCCUAAAUGUCAGUAGUGGGAGAAAUUAGUUUUCGUGAUGGCGGACUUCAUAAGAGGAGCGUUCGGUGUAAGCCGCUCGUCAUCCACGAAGGAAAAGGAACCAAAGUUCGAAAGGGAGAAGGAAAAAUUACACGCAUCUCCUAGCACGGGUAGUGAUGAUAACGUCGAUUUGGGUGUCGAAGAAUUCGAUCCUUUCGCUUCAUCACAAGCGGAAACGGACGACAUCGACGGUUAUGUUGCUCUCGUUGCCCCACCAGAAACAGAAUGGUAUCAUGGGAGAUUGGACAGAUUUGGCUCAGAAAGUCGACUACGCGACUUUGGUAAAUUGGGAGCCUACUUAGUUCGAGAAUCGGACCGAAAACCCGGGUCAUACGUGCUUUCAUACUUGGGUAGAACGGGCGUCAAUCACUUUAGAGUGUCGGCAGUGUGCGGUGACUUCUACAUUGGUGGACGGCAGUUCGAUUCUCUGUCAGAACUAGUCGGUUACUAUACAAGCUGUGCUGAUCUGCUGAAGAAAGAACGACUGGUUCAUCCUGUGGCUCCUCCCGAACCUGUCAAUGAUAAAAAAAAGGUUGUGGCCAUUCUUCCUUACACAAGAAUGCCAGAUACCGAUGAAUUAACAUUUCAUAAGGGUGACAUAUUUUUCGUUCACAACGACAUGGGCGAAGGCUGGCUGUGGGUGACGGCACAUCGUACCGGUGAGCAGGGCCUGGUGUUUCAAGAUCUGGUUGAAAAUAUCGACGAAACCAUUGACCCCAAUCAGGUGUUUAGCUGGUUUCAUGACAACAUCACCAAGGAGGAGGCUGUUGAUAUGCUCGUUAAAGCUGGCCCUGGCAGUUUUCUAGUACGACCCAGUGACAAUUCCCCUGGUGAUUACUCCCUUUUCUUCCACAUAAACAACCAAAUCCAGCGCUUCCGAAUUGAAAAAAAGGGUGUUCGUUAUUUAAUGGGAGGAAGAACAUUUAACUGCCUCGACGCUGUCAUCAGUCGUUAUAAGACUGAGCAAAUUGUUGAAGGUCACACGUUGGGUAUGCUCGUUCCCAGUUCUCGAUCGGUAACGGAUGGUGGUGCCUCCAGCACAGGUUUACGCCUCGAACCAAUGCGAGAUGUUUCAUCAUGCGCCGAAAAGAUUUACGCCACACUUCGUGAAUGUCGGGAGCAAACGGGCGUUAAAAAAUCUAUGAACGCCCGUAUGCAGGGAUACCUUUAUAAGAAGAGCGAAAAGAAUAAAAAGUGGAAAAGCCUAUAUUUUGUGCUUCAGAGCGACAACGGCGAAGAUCGCCUUUACUUUUUUGACAAUCCAAAGCGCACCAAACCUCGCGGACUCAUUGAUCUUUCUUGUUCCUACCUAUAUCAAGUUCAUGAUUCCUUGUUUGACCGGAGCUUUUGCAUGCAGCUAGUGGAGCGAGCUCUGCCUUGUCUAGCAACGGUGACUUACCUUGCAGCACCCAAUGCCGAGUCAGCAACUGAAUGGAUCGCCGCGCUCAAGCCGCUCUGCGCCCCACAGGUUGCGCGAAGCCCUAAAAUUAAUCGUCUUCGAGAACUUCGUUGUCUUCAUUUGACAGUCUUGGAAGCCCAUCGCUUGCCCCAGCGACUGGUCCCAAAUCCAUAUUGCGUCAUUGCACUCAAUCAGGUAAAAGUGGCUCGCACAAGGUUCUUCAACGGACCUGAUCCAGUUUGGGACCAAGAAUUCUUGCUCGAUGACAUUCCGCCGGAUGUACUGACGUUAACUCUAACCAUCUGCAACAAGGGAAAACGUUCGAAAGAUUCUGAAGUAGCAGAACUAACGGUCGAGUUCUCCAACCUAAGUAACGGCGACGAAGUAGAAGAAUGGUACAAUCUCUCUGGGAUGACACCGGUAGGUGAAUGGGGAACCAUACGGUUGCGCACCAGAUAUUUGCAUGAUCUGAUUAUGCCGGAAGAAGAAUAUUCCCCUCUUAAAGAAUUAUUGCUUGAUCCUCAAUUGGAGGCUGUGCGUGCAUUGGCUGAUUUAUGCCAUUUGGACCGCGUUCCACUGGCAACGUCUUUGCUGCGAGUUUUCAGGCAUGAGCGUAAGGAAGCUGACUUACUUCAGACUCUCAAUGAUGCCGAAAUUGACAAGGAAGAAGAAACAUCAACUUUGUUUAGAGCUGCCUCCUUGACAACAACAUUGAUGGAUCAUUACAUGAAAUCAAUUUGCACCCCGUUCUUGAUAGCUGCCGUUAGUGAAACAAUUCAUAAAUUGAUGGAAGCUAAACAAUCCUGUGAAUUGAAUCCCUCCAAAAUGGAUCCUGGAGGUGAUGCAUGUGCAAAUGCCGAGUUUCUUCUGCUGAUUUUGGAUGAAAUUACGGAGUCCAUCUUGAUGUCCGCUGAAGCCUGUCCUAAGACAAUUCGAUACAUCUGCAAAUGUUUGCAGAAAAAGGUGAGGUCGCGAUGGCCUCAAGAGCGACUGGUUCGCACUCGGGUUGUCAGCGGUUUCAUUUUCCUUCGUCUUCUGUGCCCGGCCAUUCUAAACCCUCGCAAUUUUAACCUCAUCGCUGAGACCCCCUCGCACAAUGCGUCUCGCUCGCUCAUUAUGGUGGCCAAAUGUCUUCAGAAUCUAGCCAAUCUUGUCGAAUUCGGUGGCAAGGAGCCUUACAUGGAAGUGGUCAACCCUUUCAUACUCAAGAACAAGGAACGAAUGGUGUACUACUUGGACCUCCUCUCGAGUGUUGACGAAAAACCUGAAUCGGAUGACGCUGGUAUUCGAGGAGAUCCAGCUAGAGACUUGGGUACAUUGCACCACAUUUGUGUUACGCAUUUAAAAGAUUUGCAGUUGAUGGCCAAAUCAAAGCUUACAAUCAAGAAACUGGUGACCGUAACCGAAAUGCUCACCAAGCACAAGCAAAAGUACAUGGAAAUGAUUCGCUGAUUACAUUCUUUUAUUACGAGAACCGUAAGCUUGGUGAUGGCUUGGGUGAAAUGGAAUCGGUUUGCACAUCCAACUAGCUUAUUUUCUUGCAGAGAUUAGUCGUCUUCCUCGUUCCCCACGCUAUCCAACGAUGACGUUUCUGAUAAGACAAUGAACGAAGAAAAUUACUAGCAAUAAUCGACGGAAAAAUUUGUCAGUGUGAUAAAUCAUGGUUUGAUCAGCGCAACUGAUUAAUCCACUGAUAAAUGUUAAAUAUGCGUGCCAUAAUUCAUUUUUGUUCAACUAUAAUUGAAAAAAUUCAUCCUCGCUAGUCUGCUGCCAUCUGAAAAAUAACAAUAAUUGCUAUCGUGUCGCGUAUAGAAACCUGUUUUUUUUUUCUUUUUUUUUAAGUAUCUUACCGUGAAGAUUUCAAAAAGAAACUGAAAACGCAUUUGAUGGUUACAAUGUCCUGUGUAUUGUGUCAAUCGAAGUGUCGAAACGAUUGUAGGUUGCCAAUAAAAAAGAGUUUUAUCUA